GGUUUAAGCGAGUCGUGCGAUUGAUACCAGUAAGCUACCCGAGCGAACGAGGGAGAGCGUGGAAGGAGCACGUCUUCGGGUUUUAAGAAGAGAAACCUAAAGACUCCUUGGAUAUGGCUUUCAACACACUGACCUCAAGAGCUGUGUUGCACUAUGAUGAGUGGGUUAAGGAAGCAGAUCCACGGACCGAGAACUGGCUGCUUAUGGCCUCCCCUUUCCCUCAAACAUUCAUAAUCGCUGCUUACAUCUACUUUGUGACAUCGCUGGGGCCUCGGCUGAUGGAAAACUGCAAGCCCUUUGACCUCAAGCGUACAAUGAUCAUCUAUAACUUCAGCAUUGUGGCGUUUUCCCUCUACAUGAUUUACGAGUUUCUCAUGUCUGGUUGGGCGAACGGCUACACCUACGGGUGUGACCUCGUGGAUUAUUCCAGUUCUCCUCAGGCUCUCCGGAUGGCAUGGACCUGCUGGCUGUACUAUUUCUCCAAGUUCAUUGAGAUGCUUGACACUAUUUUCUUUGUCCUGAGGAAAAAGAACAGCCAGGUUACUUUCCUUCACGUCUUCCAUCACUCCAUCAUGCCCUUCACCUGGUGGUUUGGGGUCAGAUUCGCCCCAGGUGGUCUGGGAACCUUCCAUGCCCUGCUGAACUGCGUCGUCCAUGUCAUAAUGUACACCUACUAUGCUCUCUCAGCCCUGGGACCUGCCUACCAGAAGUACCUGUGGUGGAAAAAGUAUAUGACCACUAUCCAGCUGAUUCAGUUUGUGCUGGUCACCACUCACAUUGGCCAGUUGUUCUUCAUGAAGGACUGUUCUUACCAGUUUCCUGUGUUCCUCUACGUCAUCGGUUCAUAUGGGCUGAUCUUCCUGGUCCUGUUCCUCAACUUCUACUAUCACGCCUACACCAAGGGCAAGAGGGUACCCAAGGUUCUCCAGAAUGGAAACUACCUUCUCAAGAAAUAUGAGUGAUUUUCCAUUGGCCACCUAAAAGUGAAGCUCUAACCUAUUAAGUUGGAAUAUUCCUUUUUAUUUCAUCCAUUCAAGUUCCACUUCCCUGUUUUAUGUUAAAACUAAUGUGGAAUACACCCACCUUAUCACUGGAUUUAAGACGUCCGAACUUGCACACUGGUGUUUCACUAGAGAUGCUGUCCUCCUUUUUGUUUUUUGUUGUUUUUUGUGGUCGUCACUUAAGGCUUUGAAAUGA